CUCCCGCUGUUCUGGUGCUCUUUUCUUCCCGGCUUUCGAAUCCUUUUGAUCGCAUCUCAGCUUGUGUUUGAUCGCCGGCGCUCGGAGAACGGGAAUGCACGGCCGGCCUCGCAACGCGCCGAGAUCGGAGGAUUCGGCGGAGAAGGCUGGCAAGCUCCGAGAUCUUCAGGCCCAGCUCCUCCACAACCACCACAAUCGAAUAUAUACGAAUGAGGCCCGAGCGGCGAGCGCUAGGCUUCUGGAAAUCAAUCCGGAGAUCUACACGGCUUGGAACUACCGCAAGCUCGCGCUGCAGAGUAAUCUCAAGGAAGUCACCGAUGUGGAGGCGAUCAAAGCUUUCGUUGAGGAGGAGCUGAGAGUCGUAGAGGCUGCAUUGAGACAGAACCCGAAAUCUUAUGGGGCAUGGUAUCACCGGAAAUGGGUGUUGAGUUACAAGUUCUCUCCAGCCAACUUUGAUCAUGAAUAUUGGCUUCUAGGGCGGCUGAUGAAAUUGGACCCACGGAAUUUUCAUGGCUGGAAUUACCGCAGGUUUCUUGCCUCAUUAAGUAAUGUACCAGAAGUGGAGGAACUAAAGUACACAAUGGAAAUGAUUGAUUCUAAUUUUAGCAAUUAUUCCGCAUGGCAUAACCGCAGUUUCUUGCUGUCCAACUUGCUAAAGGAAAAGGCUCAAGGAUUUGUUUCAAAGGAGAAGAUUUUAACAGAUGAAUAUGAUCUUGUACAUCAAGCUCUCUUUACAGAAGCGAGUGAUCAAAGUGGAUGGUUCUAUUUUCUGUGGCUUUUAGAUCAGACAGUUAGCCCAGAUCAGCCGCUGGUUGUUUCUUCGUGGCCUGCUCAUGGGUCUUCUUGGGUUGUAUCCACUAAUAGGAGCAAUAAUGAUUGCAGAUUGUUUCCAUCCGAAGGCUCUAAUUCCUGCUAUUACUUGCCUAUGUCAACUGUUCCUAUCAUUCUAUAUUUCAACCAACCUGUCAGCGGUGUAAGUUCAUCCACUGUGACUGUGAAUUCUGUUUAUACCAGCAAUGAAGAUAUCACUUGGAGGCCACUUGCUUUGGCUAAAUCUGGAAGUGCCCAUUGUUGGGUGACCUAUCUUAAAAUUUCUGAUGCUAGAAGCAAUGGAACCAGUUCAGUUGAGAUCAGCCUUGGUCAUUCUCAGGAUAUCAAAUCAGCACGUGGUUUGCCAUACACCUGCCCUGUGCUAUUAAAAUUUACUAUUGAAUUGAAUUGUAUUGAUGCAGAACAGCCGGGGGGAGAAUUUGGUGAAGAGUUGUUUGUCUUCAACAGUGAUCAAGUUUGUCUUCCAUAUGAAGGCUUUCCUAUAAGUUCUUUUGAUCAACUGAAAAUCUCUGAAAACUGUGUGCCGGUGGCUUCCAGUUGGGACUUGGAGACUUUGUCCAAUGAGAUAAGCCUUUUCAAGGGAUCGCCUGAUGAUAAUUGUAAGUUUGUCAAACUUACACUUGCACGCCUAUUAGUUGCUUAUGAUGCGAUGAUGUCAGAGAGAAGCCCUUCCUUGCAAAAGAAGACCCAUUCUGAAGAGGUUUUGAAAUUCUUUGAUGAUUUGAUACGGUUGGAUCCGGUUCAUGCAAAAUUCUAUGAGGAUCAAAGAAGCUUGGUCAUACUAGAUCAGGUAACUUUUGAUAAAGAGUCACUCAUGAAAAAUUAUGGACGUCUUUGUAAACUAGCUUCAUCCAACCACCACUACCAUGUAUUGCAACUUAACAAAUUAUCUUUAACACGCAUUGGCUUUGUUGAGCGUCUCUUAUGGGUCCAGAUUUUAGAUCUCAGUCACAAUGAGAUUCAGUCAAUUUCAGGUCUGGAAGCAUUACAGCUGCUCACCUGUUUAAACCUGGCAAACAAUCAGCUCAAUAGUUUUGCUGCACUGGAACCCUUGCGGUUGCUGAGUUCUUUGAGAGUUUUGGACGUAUCCUUCAACAAGAUCGGUUCUCACCUAAUCGACACAAAACGGUAUUUAUGCUCGUCACCAAUGUCACACACAGUGGACAUCAAAGAGUUCCAGGACACAGAGAUUGCAGAUUACUGGGAAGUGAUAUUUAUUUUUAAGGACUUGCAACUAACUCAACUAAAUAUCGAUGGCAAUGCAGUUGCUAAUGAUAACUUGAGCCUUCUACUCAAGAAGACGCUUCCGGGCCUCAUUUGGUUAAACGGCGAUCGUGUACAAUGAUUGCUUGAAUUUGUAGGUUUGUUCAGUUAAAAACUUUAGUUUUGAUCGAUCAGUCAUCGAGCUGAAACAUGAAAUACAACAUCUGCUGCGCAGAUUAGUGAUGCUAUGUUAGUUUUAUUGUCAUCGAUAUAACAUUCUAUCUGCGGAAUAAUACGAUGUAGGAACAAUGAUGUUUGUAUUUCUGUGUAUCAUUAUUUUGUGUGUAGACAAUGUGAAUUAAUGGAAACCUCGAAGCUAUUUUUUAUGUA